AUGGCGUGGCAGCCCAACGACACAGUCUUUCCUCCAUUUUUUUACUUGGAGUCCCUGGACAUACCGCCAUCCCAGGCCUACGCUGCCAUCAUCAUGGCCACGCUGACCUACUGCUUCAUCAUAGCUGGCAACAUGACCAUUAUCCUCUGCAUCACCCUGAACAGAAGUCUGCACAAGCCCAUGUACCUGAUGCUCCUCAACCUGCUCGUGAACGACCUGAUAGGAGCGACGCUGUUCUUCCCGCAGCUCAUUAGCGGCAUCGCCCUGGAGGACCGCUCCGUGUACUGCGCCAGCUGCGUCCUCCAGGCGAUGAUGGUGCACGUGUACGCGGGCGGAGACUACGUCAUCCUCACCGCCAUGGCGUACGACCGCUUCCUGGCCAUCUGCCGCCCGCUCAGGUACGGCGUCAUGAUGAGCCGCGCCAACCUGCUGAAGGUCGUCCUGGCGAUAGUGGUGACGGACCUGGCGGUGGUGUCGCCCCUCUACUGCCUGCUCGCUCGCCUGCGUCUCUGCGGCAACAGCAUCACUGACAUGUACUGCAACAACGCCAGCCUGCUCAAGCUGGCCUGCGGGGACACCGCAGUCAACAACUACUACGGCAUAUUCGUCGCGGCUUUCCUGCAGGGCAUGUCCCUGAUCGCCGUGAUCUUCACCUACGUCCAGAUCCUGGUGGCCUGCCUCGCCAACAAGCAGUCGGACACCAAGAGCAAGGCCCUGCGCACCUGCGGCACUCACCUGACGGUGUUCCUGGUGUUCCAGGUCACCACCAUGUUCAAGGUGCUCGCGCACAGGUUCAACCAGGUGUCCCCGUACCUGAGAAGGGCCGCGGGCGUCUCCAUCUUCCUGCUGCCCCCCAUUGUCAACCCACUGAUUUAUGGACUAAACACCAAAGAGAUUAGGAAUAUAGUGAUACAUUUUUUCACAAAGAAAAAGAUGACCAAUUUUGAUAGAUGA